AUGAAAAGUUACGAGAGUAAAGGCCUGCACCAGGCCGUCCUGAGGCGGUGUGGAUAACCUUAGUAUGAUUCGAUGAUUCGGUAGAAAUAGGGUGAAUCAUAAUGGCCAUCAGAGUCAAUCCGUGGGAAGGGUUAACAUUCAUAGAUAUCAGCGCGGCAAAUGUUACCUUAUGAGUUAUGGUGGGCAAACUCCCCUGGCAAAAUAUUCCCCCAAUAGCCAGCGAAGUUACGUUAAUAGAGGCGAACGAGGUAUCAAACGAGGAAAAGUCAGUUAUUUGUGUAGCUCAAUGUUUGCGGCCUACGUCACAGCGGGGGGUCACCAAGGUCCAAGUAGAUAGAAUCGGUGACGUCAGCUUACACGUAUGGCAUCCGUCUGACGGUGUUGUUAGCUACACGUCAUGUGCAAACAACGCUAUCGAGAAUUUGAUUCCUGAAGACAAAUGGCAUGUGUGUAUGUGUGUGUGUGUGUGUGUGUGUGUGUAUGUGUAAAGGCAGGCGUCUCUGCCUUCGAUUAGUCCCUUCGAGACUACUUAUUAACUACGCUGUAACGAUAUUUGCCGGGGGAGGUUGGCCAUCAUAGGGUUUCAUUUGCCCGCGUCGUAGGGCGAAAUUCACUUUCCACGGAUUGAUUCUCCUUGCUGAUUGGUUAUUGAUAUAACGUUAUUGAUAUUUAUCCUAUUUGGCCUGGUGGAGGCAAGCCUUCGGCCGGGGCAAAAUAUCUCCAUUGGGCCUAAAAUACAUGUAUUCAUGUUUACAUCGUGAAACUGUGCCACACCUUAAAAGGACACAAGCGUAACUCGUCAAAGCUGUACAUGUACUUAGUAAACCUCCGUAGUGUAUCUGCUCUCUUUGGAAAUUUCUCUGCCCCGUGGAGAUAUUUACCGUAGGAGCAAACAUCACAAACCGAUCAGUCAACCAGACGAACUUUUAAGCUGUCGUGUGUCCUGAAAAGAACAGAUCGUAGGAGAGUUGACGCGGAACUUUGAAUAAACUGGAACCGUACGCGAAGAAAGAGUGGGUGUCGACUCGUAAACACGCUCAUUCAAAUUUACCUGGCGAAGGCAAACACACCUUUGGACGCAAAGUCAACAACAGGGGUCACAAAGUUAGGCAUUAUAAAUGAGUAAGGGACGCGUCCGAGACGGGGUAGUGUAGUGGCCGGAUGCUGCUUUCAGAAGGGCUUCCGAGCUGGCUAAGCUUCCCAUUUCCACUCUUAAUGUCCCUGUAGAAGGCGGGAAUUCUGCAGCUUUGUGUCACUCGUUACCGCUAAUACUACAGACAUGGCCCGCUCUGUAACACUUUGCCUCCCGUUGUUAGUCGUGUUUAUUCUGUGCCUCUCCCGGAGCGGGCGGUGUUUCGUACCGAUGGUUGGAGUGAGCCUGAACCCCACGGACCAAGACUCGGACGACAACUGGACGCACGGCGCGAUCACACGCCGGGCCCUGCUCAACGUCGCCGCGGACUUCCAGAGCUCGCACCUGGACUGCGACGUCGGCGACCUGCUGGACGUCAGGCCCGACAUGAUUUUUCAGGAGAUCUCCCGACUGUUCCGGCGGUGCUACGGGCAGGUGGUCUCCGCCGCCAGGUUCUACCAGGCUGCGCUACAGAUCGAGACAGCUAACGGUUGUGUGGACAUGAACUUCGCCACUAAAAAGCUGCCGUCCGCGCAUUUCGACGCGGAGAGGUUUGUUGGCGGGAACGAGCGCCUGCUGGAGCUGAGGACUCAGGUGCUGACAGCCAUCCACCAGGGCGAGUACGAGGCGGCCCGGGUCUACACAGGGCAGCUGCUACACACGCUGCAGGAUUUCUAUUCCCACUCGAACUGGGUUGAGAUGGGCCACACGGAGCCGAACGCGGGGCUGGCUGUCCCCGGGGCGGACAUCGGAAAGGUCGCCGGCCCUGACACGCCCACCUGCGAGGACUGCAGCAAGACUCUGGGCUUCCUCUGGUACAAGUGUGAGGACAACAUCCGCCCCGAUGUGAACCAGCAGGGGUUACUGACCAGCGGCUACUCCAGUAACCAGAGGGACCUGGACGGAAACCCCGUGCCGAAACCUGAAGGAGUAGGGAAGUGCAGUCACGGAGGACACUUUGAUGGGUCCAAGGACGUGCCGGCUGUGGGCGGCAUCAACAAGGACACGAAAUGGUCGCUCUUCUCUCCGCACAGCGACCUUCACAACCAAGCCGCACAGUUGGCAGUCAAGGCUACAGAGGAGUUCUUCCGGUCCAUCCGCACGGCCGCGGGAGACGCCCAGUUCGCCAACUUUCUGAACCUGAACACGGGCAGCACGCUGUGUUUCGUCAUCGACACCACGCUCAGCAUGGAGGACGACAUCGCCGCGUCCAAGGAUCGGGCAAUCGAGAUCAUCAGCAGCCGGCUGGGCUCGCCCACAGCCCCGUCCAACUUCAUCCUCGUGCCCUUCAGUGAUCCACACGUGGGCCCGGCCGUGGUGACGAACGAUCCCGAAGAGUUUGAGACAGCCAUCGGGAACCUGCAGGCAUCGGGAGGGGGCGACGCUCCUGAGUACUCCCUGAGCGCCCUGCAGAUCGCCCUGGCCAGGAGCCUGCCCGGAUCCACCGUCUUCGUCUUCACGGACGCCGGGGCCAAGGACGCCGGGCUGGUGGAGUCGGUAACGUCACUGGGCAUACAGAAGAACAUCAAGGUCACCUUCUUCUUGUCGGGCUCUGUCGGCCAGAGAAGGCGGAGACGGUCGGACAGGCCCAGAGCCCCGCGGGAGGCCGGAGACAGAGACACCUACCUCUCCAUAGCACAGGCUACAGGCGGCCAGGUGCUGGACAUCACCAAGUCGGAGGUGUUCGAGACCACCAAGCUGGUGGACCUCGUGGUGACGUCAGCAGAGGUCAACAUCCUGCAGAUCCGAGACGCCCCGGCUGGGACGGGAGAUCACGUGAUUCCAUUGGACCUGACUAUGAGUGACGUCAUCAUCCAGGUGACAGGACAAGGUGCCGAACUGCAGGUGCUCGAUCCAACAGGUGUUCUCCAAGCGACAGGUGAGAACGCCACCGUCAGCGUGGAGGUCCAGCUGAGCGACGUGCUGGUGGUGCGCGUGCGUGACGUCACGCCGGGGCUGUGGCACGUCGUGGUCCUCUCAGACGUGACCUAUGACCUGCGCGUCACGGCGCAGAGCAGCGUGGACUUCUUGUACGCCUUCGUGGACCGGACGGCGAACGACACCGAACACCCGGGCGUGUGUGACGUGGACGGGAGACCUGUGUCAGGACAGCGCCCGAACAUCCGCGUGAACAUGGUGGGCUCGGACCCGAGCCUGGUGCAGAACGUGACGUCACUAGACCUGGUGAGCUCGGGCGGGGCAGUUCUGCAGGUCCUGUCUUUGCAGGAGAACGAGGCUCUGUCUGAGUACUUCGCCGUCAGCCCCACCCUGCCGCAGCAGCCGUUCAAGUUCAGGGUACGGGGAUAUGACGCGGCUGCUAAUGCGUUCCAGAGAGUCAUCCCCACGAUGGUCCAGACGUCCACGUGCCGAUUCGAAAUCACCACGGACCUGACGACGUUACGCCUGGUCCCCGGCGGGACAGUGGACGUCACCUUCACCCUGUACAACGCCGGGCAGUACGGCCUCUUCACCAUCUCUGCUGACGACGAUAAAAGAUACGUGCAGUCGCUGGCCACUAACAGUCUGCCCCUGGAUGCGGGUGAUUCCGGGUACAACAGGAUGACUCUCGCAGCGCCGGCAUCAGCAGCCUUCGGCACCACCACCACCGUCACCCUGACUGCCCGGUCCGAGUCCGGAGCCUACAACUUCGUGGUGUUCAGAAUCACGGUGUUACCACCGGAGCGAGACUUCAUCCCACCGACUUGUGAAGUGGUUUCCGUGGACGGGACGUGCCGGGACGUCGACGCUUCCACCUGCGACUCCCGCACGUUCACGGUGACCACGGCGUACCGGGACCAGGGCUACGGGCUGAGGAGCAUCUCCCCCCGAGCGACCAACGGCAACUUCACCUGGAUACUACAGGACUUUCGGCCCGGACUUACUAACCAGACCAUCACAGCGAACUUUACAGCCAGUUGUUGUCAAACGAAUGUCGAAUUCGUGGUGAGUGACCGUGUGGGCAACUAUGACGUGUGUAGACCAAACCUGUCCCCUCCCCUCCCUAAGCAAGCGGUCAACGUGGCCAUGUUUGUUUUCAUCGGCAUCGGCGUCCUACUGUUCCUCAUCCUUCUGAUCGUACUCAUCAUCCUCUUCGUUCGGCACCGAAGACGAAGGAAGUACAAGGCGCAGGAAAAGUACCGAGACGAGGUGAAGACCGGCGGAGCCGGCAAGGCACUGAUGAAGCGGGACACGUCUGGGGCAGUCACGGCCACGGCAACAAGGACAGACGUGGCCGUCAGGUCGUCUGAAACCAGGAUCAAGUAUCAGAGGGUUGCCAUGACGACGGGGUCGGAAGGUCACCGCGUGGAGAUCAGCGCGCACAGAGAGAUGCGCACCGUGAGAACGUGAAGUAUCCUCUAUUAGCUUCCUCAUCAGCCUCAACGGGUCUGGCUUUUCUGGCUUACAAUGUGAAUUUCCCUGGUUGUGUAUCAGUUCUGAGAGUGUCGCAGUUGAGCUCUAGGUCCCGGUUCAAUUCCUGCCAGGGCAUCUCGGUUCGGGCUGCGCCCGUCUAUGGAAGGGAGGCAAAAUGUGGACCCCGUGUUUGUCUACGUCAAAAGGGAAGGGCCAGCUAUAGUAACCCCUUCCAAUAAAAAUAAUACAAUAGCAAUAUAACUUUCUGCCGUAUACGCAUGUGCCACUAAAAACAGGAUAUAAAGGAACGAAUGAAUGAUCAGUACUGAUAGCACCCGAUUUCUUGUACAUGUAAACGUUAACCGCCUCCUAGCCGGAUGAACUGAUACACACCCAGAAUUAGGCUAGCCCAUGAGGCGUCGCCAAAAAACAUUAUAAUCACAAAACAAAGCCGGACGCGUAGGUCCUGUUGACGAGGCUAAGAUAUCGUCACAACUCAAGCUGCCAGAAUGGAUGAUUUAACAAUAUUUUUGACUCCGUGUAAUGUUAAUCCCCACUAUCACAGUACCAUGCAGGGACAUACAGAGGUAAUUAAUUUGUUUAUAGUAGCUAUGAUAUUGUUAUUUGAUAUAAUUAUGAUACAAGAAAGAUAAUUAUAACAUUUGUUAUAAUCAAAUAAUGCUUACUCUCACAUGACCUAGCUUAACAAAUUACUGCUAUUCUUACUCAAACACAUAUAUGGUGACCAGCCCCUCCAGCUUUGUCCUGCCACUUGCUACGUAAGAAACGGAGCAUAGACAACAUGUUUCCCUCCCGUGAUGGUAAACAUUAUUAUCAUUGGUCACAUCGUCAAAUACAAAGGAUGAUACAGCACCACUGGAUACCGCCCAUAUGGUACUUAGGAGUGUAACUAAGAUCACCAUGCUACCCUUAUUGAGGUCUUGGAGUUGCUCGUUGCCAUUUAUACACUGAAUGAUUACUAAAAUUUACUUUCAAAUUGCUUGCUUAGUCUGCUCAAGUGUUCAUAUUUUUGUAUUGAGUAUUGAACCAGGCUCUGACUGAUGAUGCAGUUUUGCUUCUCUUUGAGGUAGAAGUAAGCCGACGUCACCGCGCACAAUUCAUGUAGUUCACAAAGACGACCGCUAGAGGUCAUUGCUUGGUAAAUAUAUGUGUACAUGUAGUUUCACACCUUUUGAAAUUGGAGCUGUUAUGGAAAGUAAAAAGAGAAAGAGGUGAUACAGAAGAUAUGUAACGUUACAUGUAUAAGAUUUUUCUAAUCUAAAGUAAUUGUAUUUUUGUAAUUCACAUUAUGAUGCAGUAUACUUUCAACGUCCUAGGUAUCCUUCACCUGUUAUUUUAGCAUUGGAUAUAUACAUGUAUGAUACUUUUUCACUUGUAUUUCUGAAUAACAAUAAAGUGCCAAAUGUACAUGGAUUACAUGAAAAUAUGAACCGCUAUGGAACUGAAUGGCUGCUGGAAAC